AUGCUUUGCCAUGCCUUGAAGUCACUCGUGGCUGCGCUGGCCCUCGGCUGCAUCGCAUCGGCAACCACUCCAGCCCCUGUUAGUUCUAACAGACUCAUCAGUCGCCAACUCACCGAGUACCUGAUGCCGUUCGCGACAGCAACACACGAAUUCGCCCGCGUCCCACACACAAACUUCCUCCUCCUGACGCAGAUGUCCAACAGCGAGCUGGUCAAGAUCGAGCUCGACCCUGCCACCGACGAACCCAUCGCCUACCACUCAUUCCCAAUGGGCAAGAACAACAAGUCCAUGCUGCACGGCGUCUGGCCAUCAACCAAGUACCCGGGCCUAAUGUGGCUGUCGCUGCAGGGCGACAACAAACUGCUCCUCGUAGACCCAGGUCAAAACCUCUCCAGCGCACCCAGCAUCAAACACACCAUCGACAUCCCCAAGCCCGGAAACGGCCCACACUGCGUCUUCGAGAUCGGCGAUCGUGUCUGGGCAGGCCUUAAGGAAGCGUCUGAGCAGACGGGCGGGUACUACGUCUUUGCUGCUGAUAUCAACAACCUCAACCUCACCCCCGGCUCGAACACGACGGGGACGAACCAUACGCUCUACCCCAGCCUCAACAGCCCCGUCUUCAUCGCCGAAGACCCAACAACAGGCCUCAUCUACGUAACGCAAGACACCGACUCCUCCAUCAUGCGCAUCAACACAGCAACCGGCGAAACAACGCAGCUGCCCAUCCCGCCCAGCAUCGGCACCAACGCCGUCGGCAUGAUCUCCAUCGCGUCCGGGCCCCUCCGCGGCAUCUGGUUCACGCUCGCGGGCAAUGGCACAGGCGGCACCGGGGCAUUCGGGCAUAUCGGCGGCAACGGAACAAUGCGGUUCUUCUCACUGCAGGAUGAGAGUCUCGGGCUGAAUGCGGGGUUGCUUCAUCUGGCCGAUGCCUCGCCUGCAGGAAAUGCGUCAUCGCGUGCGUCCGUAGCGGACGAGAGCCCAGCGCUCUGGCUCCUCUCGACGUCCCUGCUCAGCACGGACUCACCGGACGCUCUGAUUCGGGUGACGUUCGACGACGCGGGGUCUGCUAUCGCCGGGGAAGAGUAUAUUUCCAUGCAGACGCAGAAUGCGAUGGUGCAUCGGGUUCUGACGCUGGGGGACUCGGUCUUUGUGUCGGAGCUUAAUACGUUUACGCUUGCGCAGCUGAAGUAUCGGAAUACCGUGCCUGGGCGGUGGUUGCCGGCUGAGAUUGCGGGUGGGGAGAAUGUUUAUGCUGUUGCUGGAUAG